AUGCCCGACCAAACAAAAUACACAAACAAGCUCACGGGCGCCCGCGUUCUCAUCAUAGGUGGCAGUUCCGGCAUCGGCUUCGCUGUGGCAGAAGCAUGUAUCGAACACGGAGCCCUCGUCACAAUCUCCUCAUCCAACCCCGAACGUUUCUCGAAAGCCGUUUCCCGCCUUCAAGAAUCCUAUCCCUCGGCCAAGGACCGUAUCUGGGGUCUUAAGGUGGACCUGGGCAACCAGGAGACACUAGAGGAGGAGCUGAAAGGACUGUUCGAAAAGACAGUUGAGACGAUGGGAGGAGAGAAGUUGGAUCAUGUCGUUUAUACCGCAGGAGAUGCGUUGGCGCCUACGGAGUUGGCGGAUAUGUCCAUCCAAUCCAUCCAACGCGCCGGCACCGUCCGCUUCUUCGCCCCCCUCAUCCUCGCCAAGCACAUCCCCACCUACCUGCACGCCCGCCCCACCUCCUCCUACACCCUGACCACGGGCGUCGUGGCCGAGAAACCCAUGCCCAACUGGAGCGUCAUUGCGUCCUACGCCGGCGCCGCCUACUCCAUGGUGCGGGGCCUAGCACUCGAUCUCAAGCCCAUUCGCGUCAACGGCGUGAGCCCUGGUGCGGUAGACACUGAGAUUUGGGAUGGGUAUGGGCCGGAGGUCAAGGCGAAGAUUCUGGAGUCGAUGGGGGCGAAGAUGGCGACGGGGAGGGUCGGGAGGCCAGAGGAUGUGGCGGAAAGUUAUUUGGGGUUGUUGAGGGAUGGAAAUGUGGAUGGGGUUGUUGUUAGGAGUGAUGGGGGGAGUAUAGUUAUGUAG